UCGCCGCGGGGGGAUCGGGUCGCUCUGGCGGAGCCUGCGCCCCCGGCGUGCUCGGGCAGAGAAUGGAGGCCCGCUGAGGACGGGAACUCAGGCUCCGGGCCUGGGACACAAUAAUCCGGCCGAAGCCGAGAGGCCACACUGGACUAGGAAACGAGGCGCCGGGCUGUAAGGUGGGCCCGCGCCUUUUCUCCUGCCUGGCGCUGAUUCCCGCAUUUUUCGCUCGCGCCCUGCGCUGCGCGCUGCCUGUGCGCCUCCCUCGGCGCGCGGGCGGGAGAGUCGGGCGAGCGCCAAGACGGCUGGGCCCGACUCCCACUGGCGCCCCGGCUCCACCUGGCGCUGGGGCUCCGGUCCCCAGUGGCUCCGGCCGGAGGGAGAGAACGAGGAGGGAGGCUUGGAAACGCCGGGAGGAGCGGUGAGGCCGACGCCGGGGAAGCGAAUCGAUACUGCGUUACUGGACGCCCGUGGGCCUCAUGAGGACGGUCGAUUCCCUCAUUCGUUAUUCACGAUUUAUUAGGGAUGGCGGCCGCGUCUGUCCCUCCAGAGAGCUCGAUUAUCCAUCCGGCCAGCAGCGCCAUUCAGCGCACUGACGGUGGGAGGCUCGAGUUAGAAAUUAGGAAAGGAAUCUUCGCCCAGUUUUGGAGCGCCUGCCUCCUCUUCCCUCGUUGCUCGCAGCGAAGGCAGCCGCGAAGCUGGAGGCCUCGGGUGAAUGCUUUCGCCCUCUGGCCGGCGACCAGGAGACCUGCGCACACUGGCCGCCGAGUGACCCCAGCUCGAGCCUGCAGCCACACCAGCGGGACGGGGGCGGGGAGGAAGAGGAAGGACGGAGAGACUUCCUUCCAGAGGGAGUGGUCCGAGAACCGGCGGGAGAAGGGCCAAGGGAAGAUCCGGUCACCUGCUCCCGAGCCUGCAGGCGGAGAGGCGAGUAGUUCACCGGCCCUGGAGGAAAGGGGACCCGCCCACUGUUCCCAGGCAAAUGUGUCGCCGGCAUCCUGGACUCUGCCAGGGAAGAUGCGCUUCCACUCGCUCUGCAGGGAGGGGGGCGCGGGAGGGACUCCCAGCCAGCCGCCCCUCUCUGGCUACAAGACCCCGAACAAGAGAAACCUCUAACAGGGGCUCUGCGGAGAUCUGGAUCCUACCCACCAACCACACGGGCACCUGGGGGGCUGCCCCUCGGGGCAUUAUCAGCCAGUGGGAAGGGGGUUGACGUUCCUCGGCGGCCCAUGGAUCCUGGAGGGCUGCCCGAGGGGCCACCGGGGUCCAUCCAAUUAUUCCUCGGUUGUUAAGCGCCAGACAGGAGAGAGCCACUACAGAGGAGUGUGCUAAGACCCCAUUACCCACUAAAACUCCAUUUUCAUCUUUUGCGUCCUGGAUGACUAGUCUCCACAUUCCUGGCCUUUCUGGUUUCUCAGGAGAACCUUCUGACCCAUCUCCUCCCACAUCGGAAGAGUUUCCUAGUCUUUUGUUCUACUGCUAGCCGACAUAGAAAGCACCUGUCAUGUGCCAGUGUCAAAUACUGCGCUAGGAACUGGGAACUCAAGGCACAGGAGCCUGGCUUUUGCGCGGGGCGCUCACAGGCCGGUGGGUGCAAACCCUGAAGGACACACAGCCUGUCCCUUUAGCGCCCACCGCUUCUGGUGUGAGCUCCCGCUAAGGGUGGGUGAGUACUGGGGUGGGCUUCCAGAAAAGGCCUCCUUUGAGCCGAGUCUGCAGAGACCAAGUGUCUAUGAGAACUGCUUAAGAGUGCUUUGCACAUUCUCCUCCAUAAAGGUCGAGGCUCCCACUGCGCCCAGGAAUGCGCCUCGUCAGACAUUAGGCGCCCCUUGAUUUUGUGUUUGCAUGUCACGCGGUCCUCUAGCUGACAAGUGCAUCAGAAGAGUCACAGCGUCUGUCACAGGCUAGAGGCUCGCAGAGGACAGGAACGCGGGAAAUCUAGGCAAUUACCUUCAGCAUAUACCAAGAGCUAUUGCGAGGAUCAGAUCCCUUUAAAAACGGUGAUGAGACAGAAGAGGGCGGCUCCUCUAGAGCUUUCCGGAACGUCUUUACCUCUGUGUCCUUUAUACCUUUUAUCUCCCCCAAACAAGGUCGUUGGUCAGUUUCUCCUAUUUCCCAAUCUUCCUGCCCCACUUCUCUGUGUAGUUUUAGGGAGAAAAUGUGUUGUUUGCCUUUUUCUCUGAUGCUUCUCAUAUUAAAUGCGUCUAUUUUCCCUCUC